CACUCGCGCGUCCUACGAUGAAGCUACACGUCCGAAAAAUGGCAUGUAGCUUUUUAUUUUCCAUCUUUCAUUCAUGUCAUGUGGAAUAAACCAUCAUUUAUUGUGAGUUGGGGGAGGAGAGACCAGAAGUGACGGACAGAUGUCACGGAUGAGCGGGGACUCUGACCCACUUCACCCCGCAGAGCAGAGCAGAGCAGACACCGGAAGCCCGCUAAAUGACGAUGAAAUGGUCAAAAAAAUGUUAUUUUCUCAAUGAAACUGCUGGUAUUUUUACAUCCGUGCGGGUUACCUCUGGAUUAAACGGCACUGCAACAGAGAUGAAGGAAGGAAGGAAGGGGAGGGAUUGAGAGGAAAGUGACGAGCAGGACUUUUGGGUUUCCAUGCAUCUGGAUGUCUGCUGCACUCCACGAGACACGAAGAAGAGGGAACACUUGAAAAGCAGCAAGGAGAAGAAAGUUCUUUUUCUAACGGGACAGAGGAGCAGCGGGAAUGUUGCCGGUGAUCCUGACAGUGUACCUCAACGACACCCAACAGAUGCUGACUGAGGUCCCUGUUACUCCCGCAACCAGAGUUGUGGAUGUUGUAGAAUACUGCAAAGAGGCAGGCGAGGGGGAGUGUCACUUAGCUGAAAAAUGGAAUGGACAUGAGCGAGUUCUCCCUCAGGAGUUGUUACUCCUAGAACUCCUUCAACAGUGGGGAUCGAGGAGGCCAGAAGUCAGCUUCUACCUGCGGCACUGUCCCUCCUGGUCACAAGGAAAUCAGCAGCCUUUGGAGACCAGUUGGACUACAGAUGCACCAGAGAACCCUAAUGACAGUGUUCCCCGUGUGGAGCUGACCCUCUCUCAGCUUCAGGAAAUGGCCACAAGACAACAGCAACAAAUAGAAGCUCAGCAACACAUGUUGGUCGCCAAGGAGCAGAGGCUGAGGUAUCUCCAACAGGGAGGCAGAUCCAACCAGGGACUGACACAGUCUGAAGCUGAGAAACUGCAACGACUGAAGGAGAGAGUGGAGACUCAGGAGGCAAAGCUGAAGAAGAUCCGAGCCAUGAGAGGACAAGUGGACUACAGUAAACUGAUCAACGGCAACCUAUCUGCUGAGAUUGACCAUGUUAGCAGCCUGUUUCAGGAGAAGCAGGCCGAGCUGCAGUCUGCUGUGAUCCGAGUCGACCAGCUGACCCAACAACUGGAGGAUCUGAGGAAAGGACGCCUGCAACUACAUUCUGUCGCAUCCCACAAGGGGGCACCCAAUAGAGCCCAAAGUGCAACCACUGGAAUUAAAGGGUCUCCACUAUCAGGAUCUGCGGCUUUAGAACUGCGGAAACUCUACCAAGAGCUGCAGGCUCGUAACCAUCACAACCUGGAGCGCAGCAGCAAGUUUACACAGAGUAAGGAGCUGCUGAACAAGAGGAACACUCAGGUGACAGUGAUGGAUCAACGCAUCGGCGACCUGAGGGAGCGACUGCAUAAGAAAAGAGCAGAAUUGAGUCGUACGAAUGAAGGAGGCCCGCCCUCUCCUCAAAGCUCUACCCGUCGGAGUGGUGGAGUUUCAGGCCGAGUGGCUGCUGUUUGCCCCUACAUCCAAGCUCCACCAGAAGGGGGACAGGAUGCCGGGCACGACCUCUCACCCGACCCCUCCCCCAAAACUACUCCACUCAGUCACAUCCGCUCGCUAUCAGACGAGGAUAGGAGUAGCACCAGGAAGCCUCCCAGCCAAUGGAAAGUGUCAGAUUUAGACGUCAUCUUGUCAGAUCGAAAUGACACAUGUGAGGGCAAUCAGUCUCCUCAGGAUUUCAAGAGUAACACAAACAGCAACACCAGUGAUGCAUCAUGGCCCAGCAUUGGUAAAAAUGUGUCAAAUUGGAGGACUAACGGUCCAGAACAGAUUCCUUCCGGGUAUGGCACCUACCCCAGCGCCACCCACCAGGCAGCAGGGCAUCAUUGCUCCACCAGCUCCCUGCCUCGAUCUGCCCCUGGCACACUGGGUUGGCCCCGAACUAGCACUGCUCAUGCCACCUCAUCUUUUUCUUCAUCCUCUUCCUCAUCCUCAUCCUCGCAGCAAAUUGAACAACAUAUCUCUGGCCCUCCACAAUCAAGCCAAGGCUCUGCCACCAGCUCUCAGUCAUCUUCAUUGCCCCCUCAAAGUGAGCGAACAGAUCCUCCUCCAGCAGUGGCUGUACGUCCGUAUGUUCCAGACCAUCCCUCCAGGCCCCAGUCUCCUCGGAAAGGCCCUGCUACAAUGAACAGCAGCUCAAUCUAUAGCAUGUACCUCCAGCAGCCUCAGACUAAAAACUAUGGCUCACUCAACAAUAGGAGCACUGUGAAAGCAAUCUAUGGGAAACCCAUCCUCCCAGCAUCCUCUACAUCUCCAUCGCCUAUUCCUUUCCUCCACGGAGGAGGAAUUAGAGCAGUAGAAGAUGUUGCAGACAAGGAAGAAGGAAAAGGGGUUGAGGGAGGAAAGACUAACAUUGGGCAAAUCCUCCCUCCUCCGAGCGUGGACAACAUCCCUCGUCCUCUCAGUCCUACCAAGCUGACUCCAGUUGCCUACUCCCAACUACGUUACCAGAGCGAUGCUGACCUGGAAGUCCUCCGCCGCCGUCUCAGCAAUGCUCCACGACCCCUGAAGAAACGAAGCUCGAUUACCGAACCUGAGGGCCCACAGGGGCCAAACAUUCAAAAACUACUGUACCAGAGGUUUAACACUCUGGCUGGAGGCAUGGAUGGAGUCUCAGGCAAUACGUUCUACCAGCCUGAUUGUCUUCUGAGUGACAUGGACAACAGCCUUUCAGCAGAGGGGAAUGUAGAAGCAGGUGAAAAGCAUCCCAGCUUGGCAACAGAGGACGCUGAAGUUCAAAACCUGAACCUGGACUGCCGUCACUUAUCCCCUGCUGCCUCUGAGACACCCAGUGAAACAACUACAACACGACAAAUGAAACACAAUGUGUGUCAAUUGCCGCAAGCUAGACUUACCCCGGCUCCUGUGAGGCCCGAAGAUCAGAAUAAUAACAACCAAAGUGAUUCUAGUCCAACCCACAACAUUACUGGUCACGUUUCCCCCUCACCAUCACCACCUGCCCCUCCAUCACAGCCUCCUAAGGUGAAACGAACCAACUUGAAGAAGCCGUCAUCAGAGCGUACAGGCCACGGGCUGAGAGUCAAGUUUAACCCUCUCGCUCUGCUGCUCGAUGCAUCGUUAGAGGGGGAGUUUGAUCUGGUACAGAGAAUUAUAUAUGAGGUGGAAAAUCCCAGUAUGCCAAAUGAUGAAGGCAUUACCCCUCUUCACAAUGCCGUCUGUGCUGGCCAUCACCACAUAGUCAAAUUCCUGCUGGACUUUGGAGUGAACGUCAAUGCAGCAGACAGUGACGGAUGGACACCUCUGCACUGUGCAGCCUCAUGUAACACUGUCCACCUGUGUAAGAUCCUGGUAGAGUCAGGGGCGGCCAUUUUUGCUCAAACAAUCAGUGAUGUUGAAACAGCAGCGGACAAAUGUGAAGAAAUGGAGGAGGGCUACACACAGUGUUCUCAGUUUCUCUACGGCGUCCAGGAAAAGUUGGGUGUGAUGAAUAAAGGCUCGGUCUAUGCUCUGUGGGACUACAAAGCCCAGCAGUCUGACGAGCUGACCUUCAGCGAGGGGGAUGCACUCACUGUACUGCGACGGCGUGACGACACAGAGACGGAGUGGUGGUGGGCCCGACUCAAUGACUGUGAGGGAUAUGUUCCCAGGAACCUGCUGGGGCUAUAUCCAAGGAUCAAACCCAGACAACGCUCACUGGCCUAAAGCCCAGACCAGCAGCCACGUGCACGCUCACGUGCAGGCAGAGAAGACUGCAAGCAACAUUUGCAGCAGGUGGAGAUGGAGGCUGAUGGAGUAGAGAAGGGACUUGCACGAACAAAGUGACUGAUUUCUUUUUUAAUGUUAGACUCACACAAGCAAAUACUGUACAUUGCCACUUAGUUGUUGCAAUUUUAAACGAGCAAGUCAUCAACAGCAGUAGCUUGAAAGACUCAGCAACUGAAUGAUAAGGACUCACAGUUAAAAACUAACUGCACAGUGAAACAGUUAACAUUUAAAGGUCACGUACAGAACAAAGUUGGUUUGAGAAGUCAGAAGUAUGUGUGAAGAGCGUGAGACAAACCGUAAAUUCCGGUGUAUAAGUCGCUACUUUUUUCUCAAACUUUGAACCCUGCGUAUUAUACAGCGGUACGGCAAAUUUAUGGCUAAAAUCUAAUCUCCUGUUCUUCAGAACUACUGCUAAGUGUUUAAAUACUGUGCUGCUCACGAGUCAGUGAGGAAACGGAAGCUCUUUCUUUGGCAGAAGCCAAUCACGAGCUAUCAGUGCACUCACAACGAGCUUGUCAACCCACUGGAAAACGCAGGAGGUCAGUAUAUAUAUAACAGUAUAACGAUAUUGUUAUAACAGUCUGACGACACAGUUGCGGUGUCAUCUUAUAAAUAACACUACACUCAUCACACAGCAACUUAACACUCAAACGGUAUACCCGAUAAAUAUACAAACAUGUACCAAAUACGAGUUUAAAAUGGGGAAAAAAAAAACAAGUCUUUUAAAGUUUAAUGCAUUGCGUCUGACCAAUGCAUUCAUUGGGACGCUGCGACGAUGCCAGCCUCCCCCUGGGCUCCUCUGGCUCCCUCUGGUGGACAGAGACAGCAUUGCAGUGCCAUUCAUCCAUUUUCUAUGCUGCUUGUCUUCCAAUGAAAUGCUUUUUCUCAAACAAAAUGCAUUAUGGGAAAACUUUAAAAUGUUUUUAAAUGUUAUUGGUACAUGUUUGUAUAUUUUAGGUAUACCUUUUGAGUGUUACGUUGCUGUGUGAUGAGUUGAGUGUUCAUGUAAGAUGACACCGUGAGCCGGACCAUUAUAUUGAGUAAUGACCUCCUGCAAUUUCCAAGGGGUUAACAAGCUCGUCAUGAGUUUUUUCAUAGCUCAUGAUUGGCUUCUGUCAAACAAAGAGCUGCUUGGUCUUCACGGACUCGCGCGCACCACAAUAUGCCAUUUUAUGAUGUGGACACGUGCGGCUUAUAUAUGUACAAAUCUGUUUUUUUCUCUAAAUUUAGUGGGUGCGGCUUAUAACCCGGAAUUUACGAUAGUUGCUUUAAGUAGGAAGUGCUGUCAUAACACUAACAAAACAAAAUCACUCAAGCAUGCAAUAUCAUUCGCUAUGCUCUAGAACAUAUAUUAUGGCACGCACGGCAAAACUAGUUGAAAUUAUAUAAAUAAAUGAAAAAAAAGAAGACAAAUAUCAACUGUUAGUAUUAACACCAACACCAACUCAACAGUGGUGCAUGCAGACAUGACAAUAUCUGUCCAGCUUUGAAAAGGCUGUUGAUGAGAAAGAGAAUUCAAAGAAACUAAGAAUGUGGGGUUUGGAAGGUGAUAAGGAUACGAUGGUUGGGAGAUACAGCAACUGGACAAAACAGAAGGGGUGGGCGAUACUGCAAAUAUUGUAAGUAAAUACAUGGACAGUAGUGCCAAUGUCGAUACUGAAGAUCAUUGAAUGAUUUUGUGAUUUUGCCGUUAACUUGUUGAUUAUCAUCAGAAUAAAAUAACAAUAACAGGACAGAUACAGUACAUACAAUUGUUUCAGCAGAAUAAAAUCAAUAGUGCAAAACUUGACUCACAUUCAAAUCCUUUGGCCUUUUGCCCUCAAAGCCCUUCCUGUGUCCACGGGCUUAUUCCCUUUGUAAACAAUAUAACAAUAUCAACAAUGUAAAUAAUAUGCACACCACAAAAACACAUAUUUUUGUGAGAGUAAACAUAGAAGAGAACUGAAAAAUAGCCAUUUCCUCACACUGGACAUCCAUACUGAUGCUACCCUUGGUAUUAAUACUAUAGAUAUUGGAAUCGAUCCGUCCACCCGACUUGUGCGGAUUUUUACAUCAGGAGAGUACUGUGCCGCCUUUCUACUAGAUCUACUAAUCUACUAGACAUAGAAUUUGUCCGUUAUUUCAGGAGAAAACUGUCUCUAUGAAAAGCAACACUCAUCCCUCAUUACUACCCCUGUCUAACAAGUUUGAUAUGACAAGUGGCUAAAUGAUUGAAAGCGAAUGGUCAUCUACAGUAAGACCACUCACUCAAAUUCUAUAUACUUUUUUCAGAUACUGUAUGAAAUGUAUUGUUCAUUAUAAUCGAAAACAACCUCUUUGUAAUUGUAUCAUUAUUAUUGUACUGUAACAUUAUCUGGAUGUAUUGCGCUUGUGUGUCAGGGUUGCAUCGCUGGCACUGUCCGCAUUUACAGUUUAACACUGAACAAGCACUUUCUGUGUUGUGUAUAUAUUGUAGUAAUAAACCAAAUUGUGUACAGCCUGAAACAACAGGUGUGGUGUUUGAAGUUGGGAGUUGGAUUGAGAAACUGUAACCAUUUUUAAUCCUCUAUACCAGGGGUAGGGAACCCAUGGCUCGGGAGCCAUAUGUGGCUCUUUUGAUGACUGCAUCUGGCUCUCAGACAUUUCUCAUCAUAAAAUGUGUUUAUUUUCAUUUAUUUUCCUGACAUUUUAAAGUGAAACAGAAAUCACAGUGUUAAAAAUACAUUAAAAAUAUGCAUUGUAAUGCAUUUUAAUCCAUCCAUUUGAUUUUCUAGCGCAAUGCCAGCUGUCCUUCCCAUGUUUUCCUCCUUUAAUCAAAUAGUCAGCUAGCUAAUUGUGCAGAGACAACCGUUUUGACGAAAAAGGA